CUGUCGCCCUAACAGACCUAUGUUAAACAGGUGUAUGGCUCUGCCUGGUACUCUGAUAGAAAACGACCCCACCAAGACAGAGUUAGCAGAUCUUCAUCAAGUUGAGGGAUCCAAACAUGAGUUCGGCCAUCACGGGCACAGAUUAUUCGACAGCGAUGAUGACUUGGACUAUCACGUGCACCAUCACUGGCAUCCUCAUGAGAGCAACUCACACUAUUCGUUUGAGGCCAUUCAGCGCAGACAUACCACCCUCAGAGAGAAAUGCCGCAGACAGGCCGUCCGCGGCCCUGCGUACAUGUUCAGUGAGAGAGGCACCAGCCUGACUGAAGAGGAGGAGCGUUUCCUAGAUGCUGCAGAGUAUGGAAACAUCCCUGUGGUCCGUAAGAUGCUUGAGGAAUCCAAGACUCUGAAUGUAAACUGUGUAGACUACAUGGGUCAGAAUGGAUUGCAGCUCGCUGUCGGGAACGAGCACUUGGAGGUCACAGAACUGUUGCUGAAGAAAGAGGGACUGGCGCGAGUGGGUGACGCCCUGCUGUUAGCCAUCAGUAAAGGCUACGUGCGGAUAGUGGAGGCUAUCCUGGCCCAUCCGGCAUUUGAAGGCGGUCUUCGUCUGACCCUGAGUCCCCUGGAGCAACAGCUACGAGAUGACGACUUCUACGCGUACGAUGAAGACGGGACUCGCUUUUCCCAGGACAUCACGCCUAUGAUUCUGGCGGCCCACUGCAAGGAGUAUGAGAUCGUGCACAUUUUGUUACUCAAGGGGGCUCGCAUUGAGAAACCUCAUGACUAUUUCUGCAAGUGUGGCGAGUGUGCGGAGAAACAGAAGCAGGAUUCUUUCAGCCACUCUCGAUCAAGGAUGAACGCCUAUAAAGGCCUCGCCAGCGCUGCCUAUCUGUCACUGUCUAGUGAAGACCCUGUGCUCACAGCGCUGGAGCUCAGCAAUGAGUUGGCACAACUCGCCAACAUCGAAACUGAAUUUAAGAAUGACUACAGGAAGCUCUCCAUGCAGUGUAAGGACUUUGUGGUUGGCGUUCUGGAUCUCUGCAGAAACACGGAGGAAGUGGAGGCCAUUUUGAAUGGAGAUGUGGACCAGAGCCCCCCGAGCGAACACCACCGGCCCUGCCUUAGCCGGGUCAAACUGGCCAUUAAGUAUGAAGUCAAGAAGUUUGUGGCUCAUCCGAACUGCCAGCAGCAGUUACUGACGCUGUGGUAUGAGAAUCUAUCAGGCCUUAGGCAACAGUCAAUCGGCGUGAAGUGUUGGACAGUGCUGGGAGUGAUGGUUGGCCUGCCAUUUCUUGCCAUUGCAUAUUGGAUUAUGCCCUACAGCAAGGUGGGCCAGGUUCUCCGCAGUCCCUUUAUGAAGUUUGUAGCUCACGCCGUCUCGUUCACCCUCUUCCUGGGUCUUCUGGUUCUCAAUGCUUCGGAUCGCUUCGCGGGAGUCAAAAACCUUCCUAACGAAACCAUCACUGAUCAUCCACGGCAAAUCUUUCGCAUUAAAACCACUCAGUUCUCGUGGACGGAGAUGUUAAUAAUGGAAUGGGUGCUGGGAAUGAUCUGGACGGAGUGUAAGGAGGUUUGGGCUGAUGGGCCGCGUGAAUACCUCAUGCAUUUGUGGAACGUGUUAGACUUCGGCAUGCUGUCAGUCUUCGUGGCGUCAUUCACGGCACGGUUCAUGGCUUUCCUGCGAGCCUCCCAUGCACAGCUGUAUGUGGAUUUGCACGUGACUAAUGCAGACUUGAUCAAUGCCUCAUUACCAGAAGACGUGGCCUACUUCACUUAUGCCAGGAACAGGUGGCUUCCCUCAGAUCCUCAGCUCAUCUCUGAGGGCUUGUACUCCAUCGCUGUGGUGCUUAGUUUCUCACGUAUCGCCUACGUUCUGCCGGCCAACGAGAGUUUCGGACCCUUACAGAUAUCUCUUGGGCGCACUGUGAAGGAUAUUUUUAAAUUCAUGGUCAUCUUCAUCAUGGUCUUCCUUGCCUUCAUGAUUGGCAUGUUUAAUUUGUAUUCCUACUACUUGGGUGCUAAAUAUAACCCUGCUUUUACCACGGUAGAGGAAAGCUUUAAAACUCUAUUCUGGUCCAUCUUUGGUUUAUCUGAGGUGAUCUCUGUAGUUUUAAAGUAUGAUCAUAAGUUCAUUGAGAACAUCGGUUAUGUGCUUUAUGGAGUCUAUAAUGUCACAAUGGUGGUGGUCCUGCUCAACAUGCUCAUAGCCAUGAUCAACCACUCAUACCAGGAGAUAGAGGAGGACGCUGACGUAGAAUGGAAGUUUGCUCGUGCAAAGCUGUGGCUCUCCUAUUUUGAUGAAGGCAGCACUCUUCCACCCCCCUUUAAUCUAAUACCCAGCCCCAAAUCCUUCUAUUACAUGGCUCAGCGCACCAAAGCAUGCCUAGUGAGUUUAUGCAAGGCCAGGGUUCGCAGCAACAGCAGCCAGCAGGAUGUGGGAAUGGCCAAUUCACGCUCUAAGCUUCAUCGCUUUCGACCGUACCACUCACAAGAGGGCUUCACGGUUAGAAAUCCCAUCAAACACCCCACGAGAUAUCAGAAACUCAUGAAGCGUCUCAUCAAGCGGUAUGUUCUGAAAGCCCAAAUUGACAGUGAAAGUGAUGAGAUCAAUGAAGGUGAGUUGAAGGAAAUCAAGCAAGACAUUUCCAGUCUCCGCUAUGAGCUCCUGGAGGAAAAGUCACAGGCCACUGAAGAACUAGCUGAACUGAUCCAGGAGCUUGGAGACAAACUGAGCAAAGGAACCAAGAGACCAUGAAAAAUGAACUCUUGUGAUUGUAGCUGAAGUCUCCUAGGCCGAGUCUAGAGCUGCUGCAAUAUUUAGUUUAGAUACAAACUUUAAAGUCUCUUUAUACUCUUUAUCUGUUUUAGACAUUGGUUUUUGAAGGUAGCUAUGAUUUGUGGUUGGCGUUUGGGUGUAGGACUUUAAUAAAGUAUUUAAUAAAGCAAUUUAAUAAAUCGUAAUUUUAGCAACUCUAACUCAGGAGAGAUAGAAUAAUUAUAAAUUCAGAUGAAUGUAUUAUCACAAUA